UCGGGGCUCGGCGGCUCGGCUUGCUUCCUUUGCAAGGUGUUGAGCUAAAAGCAAAGUGUUGUUUACUUAAAGUGCUCAAAAUGCAUAGUUUUGUUUACCUGUGAAUCUUUUUUCUCCUUCAAGUGCAACAAUGCAAAAUAUAAUGUCGGUUGAAAAGAAAAAAUUUGACUGCACAGCCUUACCAAAAGGAUGGCAGCGAGAAGAAAUUGUUCGAAAGUCGGGCUUGUCUGCGGGCAAAGUGGAUAUAUACUAUUACAGUCCCUCAGGCCACCGGUUCCGCAGCAAACCUCAACUAGCACGGUACUUGGGAGACUCUGUCGAUCUCUCUUCAUUUGACUUUAGAACUGGAAAUAUUAAUAAUAACGUCUUGAGAAAAACCAAACAGAGGCCAAGAGGGAUUCAAUUCGAUUACAGCCGCGGAGUACGGACAGAUGCGUCUUUGGUACCACCAAUAAGGCAAACAGCCUCCAUUUUUAAACAACCUGUCACUGUCCACAAAUCUCAAGAGGGAAAAGUUAAGACUGAUUUCAAACAAGGACCUCAAGACAAACCUAAACAGCUGUUUUGGGAAAAGCGUUUGGAAGGUUUACGUGCUUGUGAUAUUGAUGGACUUGAACUGGAUGCAAUGGAGUUGCCAAAAGGUUUACGCCCAGUUGGACCACAUGUAGGAGAUGAAACCCUAUUGCAAUCAGUAGCAACAGCCCUGCACGUUUCAACACAGCCAGUAACUGGUCAAACUGGCAGUCGUUCUGCUCUAGAUAGAAACCCAGGUGUAUUUCUAAAUCCAGAACAACCACUUGUUCAGGCAGUACAAGUGAUAGAUGACGACAUCAAACGCCAAGAAGAUCGAGUUAUAUCAGCCAGAAAAAAGUUACAAGAAGCCCUUAAGGUAUAGAGAACAAAUUAACCCAAUCUCUGUUGGUAUUUUUAUUGUUGUCUUGUUUUAAAAAUCUGAUGUCUCUUGCUCCAUUGCCUACACUGUAAGAUUUUUGUGGGCUGUAUGACCUCAAUUCUAAUUUUAAUUUUUUGUAGUUAUUUUCAAAAACUUGUUAUUUUAUGAUUUGUUUCAUUUUCUACUUAUAGACCAACUGUACCUAUCAUUUUUUUAAACUCAUGUCUGUGUAUAUGACAUGACCCAUGUGAUAUUGAGUAUUUCAGGCAGGAAAUAUGCAGUAAUGCCAGUAGACAUAAAUUAUUUUGCUGAAUCUGUACUUGUAUUUUAACUGUGACCCACUUACAUAUAUUCCAUCUUCUUAGUUGUAUGUGUUCCAGUACAAAUGAGUUGUUAGAACUUUACGUUCUUGUAUUGUUUCAAUGCUUGCCACAGUGGAAGCCAUAGCAGUAUGUAUUAAUUUUUCUUUUCCUCGUGUAUGCAAGACAUAUUUUUUUAUUUUAUCUUCAUUUUUCAAGAACUGGUCUAUGUAUUAUAGAAAUAUCAAUAGAAUGUAGUGAAUGAAUUCUUAGCUCAUGCUCAUAGGUUUUCUGGGGCCUCUUUUUAUAAAAAUUUGAGGGGAAAAGGGGGAGGGCGGCUAAUUUUUUAUGAAUUAUUUUCUAUUUCAGUUUUAAUAAGUGAAGUGAAUUUGCCGUAUCAGAAAGUUCUUUAUCUCCUGUGAAGGUUUAAUGUAAUGUUUUCUUUUUUUAAUUCAUAUUGAAGUCUGAAUCUCCAACAUUUGCUACCAAAGAACAGAUAAAACUUCUUUAUGUACUAGCAAUGUUGUUGCAUUGCCUUAAGCUUGUUCAAAUCACAGUGCAUGGUAUGGCCUGAAUUGUACUUCAGUGCAGGUAAUGUUAGAUGAUAAGAGAUAAAAUUACAAAUCAUGUAGUAGAAAUGUUUAAUUUGAUUUGUGUUCUUCCGUUCCUCGUAAAUGGUCAGAAAGUGGAGCUAAGACUUUGUAACAUGAUAUAUUUAUUAUUUGUAUCUUUGUUUUAAUUUGCAAGCUUGUCUGUUUUCCUUAUUGCAAAUAUUAUGAAUUUAGAGGUUUUGGUGACAUUUUGUUUACAUGAAAUUAAUGUUCUAUGUCAAGUAAUAGAUUUCUUCUCAGAAGCUUAAAGUUUCAAGAUUUGUGAACUGAUUUCAAUGUUAAAUUACAUGAUGUGUCUGAAAUAAAGUGAAAUUUGUUUUUACUUCCA